UUGAUUCCCUUCAGGGGAGCCUAGAGAAGAACAAGGCCUGGGGCCAAGAAGAGUGUUGGACCUCACACCUGAGAUAACUGAGUGCUUGUUGAUGUGAAAAUGUUGGGGUUCGGAGCAAAUGGUCCAGAAAGAAUUCUUGAAGAAGCCUUCGAUGCAAAAAGGGGACCUCAAGGUGCCAGUGCUGUACCAGGUGGAGCGGACGCGGACGGGGACGAGCUUCUCGGUGCGCUCCGUGAAGGCCGUGCAGCACGGCAAGCCCAUCUUCAUCUGCCAGGCCUCCUUCCAGAAGGCUCAGCCCAGCCCCGUGCAGCACCAGUUCUCCAUGCCCAGCGUGCCCCCACCCGAAGAGCUGCUGGACCACGAGGCCCUCAUCGACCAGUAUUUAAGGGACCCCAACCUCCAAGAGAAGUACCGAGUGGGACUGAACCGAAUUGCUGCCAAGGAGGUGCCCAUUGAGAUUAAGCCGGUUAAGCCACCUACCCUGAGCCAGCUGCAGAGCAUGGACCCCAAACAGAUGUUCUGGGUGCGAGCCCGGGGCCAUAUCGGGGAGGGCGACAUGAAGAUGCACUGCUGCGUGGCUGCCUACAUCUCGGACUACGCCUUCCUGGGCACGGCAGUGCUGCCCCACCAUUCGCAGCACAAGGUGCACUUCAUGGUCUCUCUGGACCACUCCAUGUGGUUCCACACCCCUUUCCGAGCUGACCACUGGAUGCUCUAUGAGUGUGAGAGCCCCUGGGCUGCCACUGUCCACAGCAUCGCCUACCUCUCCAACACCCAGCCUGGACCCUGUGGAUUUGCGGGAUGGGCUCCCUUCGGACUGGACUCGCUCUGCCCAUCCCUUCACUCUCCAGAUGGCUAGCUGAGCUGCUCCGGACUUCUUCACCAAGCUCUAGGAAGGGGCCGGCUGCCCCUUUACUCACCCAGAGAACCUGCCCCUAAUCCCCCUCUCCCUCAAAAAAAAAAAAAAAGAAUCCCAAACACCCUUUUCCUGGAGAAGGUAAACUUGAGAGGAAGAUCUGCUUUCAACUUUAUUUCUCCUCCGACUGCAUACCCAUCUCCUGGACCCCUCCCUAGAUUUCUUGUUUGGACAGGUCCCCUCAAGGGUUGUCCCAACUUCCCUUCAGGAUUAAUAAGAAUCACUGACAUGGGGCGCCGGGGUGGCUCAGUCGUCAAGCGUCUGCCUUCGGCUCAGGUCAUGAUCUCAGGGUCCUGGGAUUG